AUGCUCCUCCUUCCUAUCCACAGGAUACUCAUCGCGAUCCUCCUCAUACUCACCCUCUGCUCUGCCGCCGAAGAUGCAUCGAACUCAGAUCUGUAUGGCAUGGUCCCGGACUGCGCUAAGGACUGCGUUGAUAGCUUCAUCAAGUCCGAAUACACGCCCAUGGAAUGCACGUCACCGUCCAACAUCAAAUGUCUUUGCCGCACCCCGACAACUAGUAGCUUGACAUUGGGGGAAGCGGCUUUGAGCUGUGUUCUGUCUGUAUGCUCACAGACAGUCAUCGCAAAAUCGAAGGCUUAUCACAUAUGUGACUCGGUAUCCGAAGCUCUUCCGAAAACUCACCAGACGAUUACGGCGACAGUCUUUUCCGAUACGAGUACAACAAAGCCGAGUGAUAAAAAAACUACUGCGGAGACAAUAUCAACUAGCUCCUCUUCGACAGCCGAACACACUUCGGAGGCCUCUGUGACAACAUCUACAGCGGCCUCGGCAUCGACACCAACGUCAACUACUUCCAGUCAGACUUCUGAAAUCACAUCCUAUGAUGCGUCUUCAUCUUCAGGGUCUCCAGUGGAACCAACAUCAUCUACUGGACAGAUCUCCAGUGAUUCUUCUGAAGAUACGAAUAGAAAAGGUGAUCAUGGUAUCACUCCAGCGGCGGUCAUUGGAAUGUCAGUAGCAUCAGGUGUAGCAGGGUCUUUUAUCAUCGGUGUUGCUGUGUUUUACUGCUGCAAGAGAUGGCGACGAAAGCAGCGGGAACAGGCGGCGCCACACGUUUUCGAGAUUGGAGGUGCCAUGUCUGAGCCUCGUGACUUCUUGAAGCCCAUGCCACAGCUCCCAAGAGAGGGUUUGGGCCUAGGGUCUUCAUACAGCCCAGCGAGUGACCGCGAGACGAUGUUACAGCGGCCAUGUACUUUCCAUUCAAUGGCAAGCGUUCAACCAGUAUCACGAUACUCACCGCAAUCCGCCACGGUACAUAACUUGGGCCAGAGCAAAGAACCUAAAGGCCAAGAACGAAUAGGGUUUGCCAUCAGCUCCGACUCGGACUGGGAAUCUUCGCCUCGGACACAAUCAUCACAGCAUAGUGUGGCCCGACUGCUCCCAGAUCCUACAGCUGGACUAUACCCAAAGCCACUUAAGUGGAGUCAUCGGCCACCUAGUGGAGAGACUCUCUUUGAAGAAGACGAAAGUCAGCAAGCUGCGGCGGCGGCGGCAGCGGCGGCGACAGCAGGAAUGAUACAAAACGACUCCCCAAGGCUAGGGGUCCAGCCGAAACUCGCAGGACUGCCAGCCAACCCACGCGCAUUCAAAAAGGGAUUGCCAGCAGGCCACUUCAACCAAAGAUCCGGGGCCCUGAGUACCCUAGCACCCCCAUUCAAUCCCAACCCGGCAUUCGGAGCCUCUUCAUCAGACAGUAGCGCUGCAACCAACGAAACCCCCGACACCUCUGAAACCUCACAAAACUCCCAAACCUCCUACUCCUCCCUAAACCCAAACGUCCUCUUCGCCGCCCCUGCCAACACCAUCCAUACCCAACCCAAGGACCGCAGCUUAUCACCAGGACGACAGGCGCCUCAACCCUGCCCCACCCCAUCAUCGUCAUCAACCCUUCCCCCAGGCUCGGAGAUAGUAUCCAGGCCGCGGAUCAUACGCGGAAAUGACAUCAAGCGUGUGGAUAUUCGCAACAGUCCACGUCCGCCCAGCGAAGUCGUUGCGCCAUACUGCCCAGAUGAUUUGUGGCUGGAGCGUGGACGCGCCCUUGUGCCGCCGAGGUCCCGAGAACCGUCUGGGGAACUGCCGUAUCCUUCAGAUAUGUUUCCGGGUGCUGUGCAUUAUCCCGAUAGUCCGAAGAAGAAGGCCCACGCUGUGUCGAAUCGUGUUUCUCCGACCAGUCGGAAUUUGACGCCAUCGAGGAGGGGCGAUGAUUUGAUUCUUCGUGUUGAUUAA